UCAGCCAGAGAAACGAGGGAAGUAGCAUGCUAAGAGGAAGAGAAAACCAGGAUAAAACCUCGGAGUUUACCUCUGAAAAGAAAAAAAAAAAACAGUUGGAGCACUUACCCAGUGGAGGUCCGGAGCCAAGUGACUGAACGAAGGAGAGAGUUACGUCGGCUAACCACUUGCCUUUCACCCAGAGAGCCGCAGCAAGGUCCAACAUCGGCGUGCUCCGCCUUGAUACACAGAGAGCAACGGUCAGGUUUUUUGGAGGACUGAAGAGUCUGAGGUUCAGGACAAACUUCCUGCUGUAACAGAUGCAGUGAAAUCAUCAAUAAAUGGCUGUUCUAGCAGCAGCCAUAGAUGCCCAACAGAACCAGCACCAUGUUGGACAGAUGAGCAAAGAAGCAACACAUUUUGGAGAUAUUUCCUGUUUAGACUGAAAAUUAUCAACGACAUAAGAUGAGACUGCGUCUCCUGUUCUACAUCUUCUGCCUGAUGGCUUCUACUGCCUACAGUCAGCUUCGAGGUCCUCCUGGUCCUAAAGGUGAGAGAGGAGAGCCUGGGCCUAUGGGACCAGCAGGACCAUCAGGACUGCCAGGAAAAGAUGGGUUGCAUGGAUUGAUUGGAUCUCCUGGACAACCUGGAAAUGUUGAAGACUGUGAACAAGAGUCCUCCAACUUUGUUUCCCGGAAUGUUGUUGCAGCCUUAAAGAGGACCAUUGCGAAGUUAGACCUGGCUAUAACGUUUGAUUUUGUCCGGAGCGUUGGUCAGAAAUACUUUGUGUCCAACAAGGAGAGAGGCUCCUUCUCGAAGGCCGAAGACUUCUGUUCCCGACGAGGCUUAGAGCUGGCUUUACCACAGAACGAGGAGGAGAACAGCAUGCUGACUCAGUUGUAUGGUGAAGUUGAUAAAAGGGCCUGGAUCGGCGUCAACAAUAAAAUGGCAGGUGGGGAUUUUGAGUUUGAUAUGAAAGAACGACCUCUGACUUUCACCAAGUGGGGACAAGGGCAGCCAGACAGAUCCAUCCAGGAAACAGGCUGCACCAUGGUGACAGAGAACGCUGUCUGGCAAGUGACACGUGAAUGUUCUCUGUAUGCUUACAUCAUUUGUCAGCUAUUAUAAGAAGGUCUUGUCAAUCAUACAGCGAUUUUUAGAGGCCACAGAAGAUCCACAUAUAUUCUCUGUUUAAUCUUCUCCUGCUGCAGUCUUUACUUGUGUCCAAUAGGGUUCCAUUAAGACUUGUCUUGCAUUGAAAGUGAUGAAGGAAUGAAACCAGGUUCCAUCCAGGAAGACCACUGUCCUGACCAUCAUGUAAAAACGAUCAGGGUGUUUACUUAGACACAAGACUGACUUGUCAAAUUGUCAUCAUUUAAUGUUAGGACUCACAAUGGUGCUGUCAAACUUAUUCUCAUCUCUGUGGGCUUUACAAGGAAAACUGCUUAAUGGACCCAGUUUAAGAAACCUGUUCUACAAAAAUACAGUCACAUAUCACAGUUUUCUAAAACACAUCUAUAAAAGUUAGUCCAUGCUUGAGAAACAUGAACACAUAAUCAGCAUGUCAUUGUUGCUGCUGCAGAGACAGUUUUGUGGAAGAAAAAAGUAUACAACAAGGACAUACACAAGAUGAUGUACCCUGUAAGCGUAUACCACAAUGAAGUGCAUGGCAGUGU